GAUGACAUAGAUAACUAGACUACACGUGCGGGAAUCAAAAUGUCAACACACUUAAAGGAACCGUCUUUAAAGGACCUAACGAAGAAAAACUACGGAAAAUUAAACCCACAGCAACAUCAGCCACUUCAAGAUUUAACCAAGCCCCACAUAGAUUCAUUCAACGCUUUGAUACAUGGAGGUUUGCAGCGAGCUAUUCAGACAAUACCACCGCUGGAGUUUGCUCUGCCAAAUGGAGACAGGGUCAUGUUUAAAAUGCUGGAUGCUCAUAUAUCUCGUCCAUCAGUCGAUCCAAACAACAAAUUUGCCCAGACACUCAAAGUCUACCCUGCAGAGUGCCGGGAGCGGGGUGUAUCGUAUUUAGGAGGCUUGAACAUCAGCAUGUUGUGGAAAUUGAAUGGGCGUGUCCAGGACACGGUAGAGAAGAAGAUAGCAGACAUUCCAGUCAUGGUUAAGUCUGAUGUAUGUAAUCUCAAAGGCCUGAGCCCGGAACAGUUAGUGCAAAAAGGUGAAGAGGCAGAGGAAAUGGGAGGAUAUUUCAUCUGUAACGGGAUCGAGAAGAUAAUACGAAUGCUGAUCAUGCAGAGGAGGAACUUUCCCACUUGCAUAGUCCGACCCUCCUGGAAGAACCGCGGUCACCAGUAUACGGAAUAUGGAGUGUCACUUCGCAGCGUAGGCGACGAUAACAUCGGCGUGACCAAUGUUCUACAUUACCUGUCCAACGGGAUGGCAACUCUGUGCUUUAGUCACCAAAAGGAAAUGUUCUUUGUACCAGUCAUAUUCAUCCUCAAGGGUCUGCAUAACGUGACAGAUAAGUUUAUAUAUGACCAGUUGAUCCGUGGGAAGGAACAUGAUUCAUUUUACAAAGGGUGUGUUAUCGCGAUGCUGCGACAUGCUUUGUCAGAAAAUCUAACCUCACAGAAAGCCGUGCUGAAGUACAUUGGGCAAUUAUUCCGAGUCAAACUCCGCCUUCCUGAGUGGUACUCAGACAAACUUGUUGGCGAGUUCAUGCUCAGACACUCCGUGUGCGUGCAUUUGGAGAACAAUGUGGACAAAUUCAACCUCUUGAUAUACAUGACCAGAAAGCUGUACGCAUUUGCUAAGGGCGAGUGUGCGGCGGAGAACGCGGACAAUCCAAUGUUUCAGGAACUUCUCCUUGGAGGCCAGCUGUAUGGUAUGAUUUUAAAGGAAAAAUGUCAAGAUUGGAUGGUGUCUGUAAAAUCUUCGAUUGAAAGAAUUGCCAAAAAUUAUAAAGAACAGGAAUUUUUAUUGACUGUGUCUACUCUGAGUGAUGCUCUACGCCACACCACAAAUUUAAGUAGGUCGAUGGAGUAUUUUAUGGCCAGUGGUACAGUUGUUUCACGAAGUGGACUAGGUUUAAUGCAAGCGACGGGAUUAACUGUGGUAGCAGACAAGCUGAACUUCUUCAGAUACAUUUCACAUUUCCGGUGUGUGCACCGAGGGUCGUUCUUCAGCGAGAUGAGAACCACAGCAGUCAGGAAACUGCUGCCAGAAGCCUGGGGCUUCCUGUGUCCAGUACACACUCCUGAUGGUAGUCCCUGUGGAUUGUUGAAUCAUCUUACAGCCCUGGCAGGGGCAGUGACCACUCACCACGGUAACUCACACUUAGCUGACCUUCUUUUUGCCAUGGGAACGACCCCAUGCCAUGCUCCAGCAAUGGGGCCGAUGUCACAGUGCUUUACUGUUUUCCUGGACGGCAGGAUUCUGGGUUACAUUCACGAGGAUAUUGCGCAGAGUGUGGAAAAGAGGCUUAGAGUCAUGAAGGUCAAAGGCCUGAAUAAGGUCCCACCCAUGUCGGAGAUUUGCCUGGUCCCUAAAACCAAGUUUGCCAGCCAAUACCCAGGGCUGUAUAUUUUUACCAGCACUGCUCGGAUGAUUCGUCCUGUGUGGAACCUCGCCUCAGACUGCAAGGAGUGGAUAGGAACCUUUGAACAAGUGUAUAUGGAUAUUUGUGUCACCUCUGCUGAGGCCAAACAAGGGGUGACGACCCACAAAGAGUUGAGUGAGGUGUCCAUGCUUUCCACUGUGGCUCAGUUUACUCCAUUUUCUGACUUUAACCAGAGUCCCAGAAACAUGUAUCAGUGUCAGAUGGGUAAACAAACCAUGGGAACACCGCUUCAUGCUAUAGAUCACCGCUCGGACAACAAACUAUACAAACUUCAGACACCACAGUCUCCAAUCGUCCGACCGGUCAUGUAUGACCACUACAACGUAGACAACUAUCCACUGGGUACAAAUGCCAUCGUGGCGGUCAUGUCAUAUACCGGUUAUGAUAUGGAGGAUGCCAUGAUUUUGAACAAGUCCUCGUUUGAGCGCGGAUUUGCUCAUGCAAGUGUUUAUAAAUCACAGAUCAUAGACCUUCGAGGUAAGGGGAACCACGGCAGGUACAAUCAGCCUGUAGAGGUGUUUGGUUGUCUCCCUGACAACUCCGACUUCGUGGGCGGGUACUUAACUAAAGAUGGAUUCCCCCACAUUGGGACCUUUCUACAAAAGGGAAGACCAUUCUACAGCGUAAUCAAUGUGCAGACGGGACAAGCUCGAACAGUGACCUACAUGUUGGACGAGCCGGCCUACAUACAGCAAAUCAAAGCCCUGGGGGAUAAUACAGGAACCCAGGAACUCUGUCAAGUCUGUGUCAUGUUGAGGGUCAAGAGGAACCCCAUCAUUGGAGACAAGUUUUCCAGUCGUCAUGGACAGAAGGGAGUUUGCAGUAUGAUGUGGCCGGUGGAGAACAUGCCGUUUACGGAGAGCGGAAUGACACCCGACAUCUUGUUUAACCCGCACGGUUAUCCAUCCAGAAUGACGAUAGGAAUGAUGAUUGAGAGCAUGGCAGGGAAGUCGGGGGCCCUCCACGGGAUUUGUCAUGACGCUUCUCCUUUCCAGUUCUCGGAGGAGGAGCCGGCCAUUGAUUAUUUUGGCAAAUUGCUGGUGAAAGCUGGCUAUAAUUAUUACGGUACGGAGAGACUAUACAGUGGUGUGAAUGGGAAGGAACUGGAGGCAGACAUUUUUAUUGGUGUUGUGUACUAUCAGAGGCUCAGACACAUGGUGUCCGACAAAUUCCAGGUCAGAACAACUGGUCCUGUUGACCCAAUCACUCAUCAGCCGGUCAAAGGUCGCAAGAGAGGGGGCGGAGUUCGAUUUGGAGAAAUGGAGAGGGAUGCUCUCAUCUCACAUGGAACUUCCUACCUCCUCAAAGACAGAUUACUGGAUUGCUCUGACAUCUCUAAGGCCCACGUUUGUAUGGAGUGUGGUAGUAUUCUCUCUCCAUAUCUGGAAAGACCCACCAUGGGAUCUGUGGCUGAAUCAUCAGAAAAAAGUCGACAGUGGAUAUGUCGAGCUUGUAAGCAAUCUGACUCUGUUGAGAUUGUCACCAUUCCAUUUGUAUUCCGAUACCUGGUGGCAGAACUAGCAGCCAUGAACAUCCGGGUCAAGUUAGAUGUAGCUCCAAUCAGCAGUCAAUAGCAGUGUGUGUUGGACUGGAUUAAUCAUCAGGCACAGUCAUUAACAGUGUGUGUUGGACUGGAUUAAUUGUUAACUGGAUUAAUCAUUAAAAUUAUGGAUUAAUCAGCAGGCACAGUCAUUAACAGUGUGUGUUGGACUGGAUUAAUCGUUAACUGGAUUAAUCAGCAGGCACAGUCAUUAACAGUUUGUGUUGGACUGGAUUAAUCGUUAACUGGAUUAAUCAGCAGGCACAGUCAUUAACAGUUUGUGUUGGACUGGAUCAGUCAUUAACUGUAUUAAUCAGCAGGCACAGUCAUUAACAGUGUGUGUGUUGGACUGGAUUAAUCAACAGGCAGGAGGUUAUGAUACAUGAUAUGAGUUCCGGAUAAAUGGAUUUAGGGCAUGAACCUCGCCCAUUCUAGGAGCUUGGGAUAAAUGGAUUUAGGCUUUGUCCUUUCUAGGGGGACCUGCCCAUCUUCCUGGUAUCUCAACAGUGUAAAACCUGAAUGCUACAAAGAUUUCUAGAAUCAGUAAACCUUCAAGUGGAAAGCCCAGUCUUAUCAUUAACACAUGUAAAGCAGAUGGUUUUGAAUUUAAUUUGUAAUUCCUUUAUUUUUGACACAUGACUACACACAUCUUUUUGAUAGAUGAGGGAAAGAGAGACAAAGAAGAGAGAAAGAAGAGAGAGAGAGAAAGAGAAGAGACUUUUGACUGUCGAGAGUUUGCUUGGUCAAUGUUUUUCUUUGAAUUUUUGAUUUGAUAAUUUAAGUGGUCAAAGAAAACUUUGAUAAAAACUUGGAAACCCCCCUCCCCCCAAAAAAACCUUAAAAAGUUUGACAGACAAUCUCCCACCAUUUUUCUUGGAACUUGGAUAGAGUUUGAUGGAUAAACCAGAGUGGAUUGUAGUAAUGAUGCUCUUCUGUUUGCAAAAUCAUUUGUGAAAACUGAUGAAAAAAUACAGAGUACACAAUCUAACCUCCAUAAAAACUGCUACAGCUAUAGUGUGCUAAACUUAACCUUUUUGCACUCAAAAUUUAUUCACUUACCAGUAAGAUUUAUACCUGUAUCUGACAAAAUUGAAAUAAAAGUAUAGGGGUAUUUGUAUUGGUUGAAUGCACUUAACUUAAUGAAAGGUAUACAUGUGUUUGUAUUGGUUGAAAUGUACCAAGAAAAUAUAGGAAAGAUUCGUUGAUUUGAUUUAUACAAAUAAAUUAUAUCCAUUCA